UGGAAUAUUGCGUAACGUCGAGGGCCGGGAAGUGUUUGGAAACGUGCAACACUGACAAACCUCGCUUCGACGACUUCGCAGCACGGGCUGUACGCGUCCGUGCAGCUGGCUUUACCGGCUCUAUUUCGUCUCCUCUGUGUCCCAGCGAAAUUCCCCGACCGAGGCUCGAUAUCGUGGAUCGAAAUUCUGCCCAACGAAGAAACUCCACCGACGCUCGUCUCUCCUCGUGGAACUGCACAAACUUUCCUACCGAUAAAAACUUCGUUUCAAUCAACGACCACUUGCUUCACUGGAUAACUUCUCUCGAAAUUCAUUUUGGUGCAAGGACGUUCAACUUCUUUUCAAAUGGAAAUUGCAUUUCCAAUGUGAUCUGCGAUGAAACGUGUUCGCGGGCUGGACGAGGUAGCAUCACCAGCAGCAGCAACAUUAAAGCACUCGUCAGUGAGUGCAGGAAGUGGCGGAGGAGGUAGUUUGGAGUACCAUUCAAGCAGUGGAAUAGGCGUUGUUGUACCUGGCCAAGCAGUUCGAUCAGUUGCUUCGAAAGAAAUGCCGGGCAGCAUACAAUUUGGAACUGCCCAAGCUCAACAGCAAUAUACUGGAGCAAUUGUAGUGCCGACCGCGGCCCCGUCCCCCAUUAAGGGAAGUGGAUCUGCAGGACUCACUUCUACAUGUAGCAGUAGCAGUGUAAAUACUGGUGGAGGUUUACAUGGUGGAAUAGGUGGUGGGAGUAACCAUAGUAUGGGUUCCCAACAGCCUACACCAGGAACACAAAGUCAGGUUCAUACUCAACAGCAACCAACAAUAAGGCAUAAGGUUCAUUCCAGCAAUGUAACACCAUUAGCUUCUACCCCACCAGGCACAAGCCUAGGUGGUGGCAGUGGUUCCCAACAAUUUCAGAGAUUAAAAGUAGAAGAUGCGUUAUCUUAUUUAGAUCAAGUAAAGUACAAAUUCAGUGAUCAGCCUCAGGUGUAUAAUGAUUUCUUGGAUAUUAUGAAAGAAUUUAAGUCUCAAAGCAUAGAUACACCAGGAGUAAUAACAAGAGUGAGCCAUUUAUUUAAAGGGCACCCUGAACUUAUUGUUGGUUUUAAUACCUUUCUUCCACCUGGGUACAAAAUAGAGGUGCAAGCUAAUGAGCAAGGAUAUGCAUUUCAAGUGUCAGUUAGUAUGCCAAGUCCAACAGCAACACACACUUGCACUAGCUUGUCACAGCAUCAUUGCACUGUGAAUGUUGGUUCACCUCCUGUUGCAAGUCCACCAACACAACCAGCGAAAGCUCCUCCAGUAUUGCAGAUAAUGCAAGGGACCGGAAAUAUACACCACUCUCUGGCAAAUAAUAUUUCGAAUAAUAGUUUGACAGUACAUGCACCUUCACCACCACCGGUACAGGCAUACAAUAAUUCACAUGUUAGUGCAGCUCAAGCACAAGCUGUGAGUCAAGCGUUAAGUCAAGCACAAGAUGGUAUACCCACCAGUGGACAAACUCAACAAAGCCAACCAGUUGAGUUUAAUCAUGCGAUUAAUUACGUUAACAAAAUUAAGAAUCGAUUCCAAGGUCAACCCGACAAGUAUAAAAGAUUUUUAGAAAUUCUGCAUACUUAUCAGAAAGAGCAGCGAAAUUUAAAAGAAUCUGGACACAUGGGUGGUACCAGUGGAUCUGGUGCAUCUGGUGGAGCAAAACAUUUAACGGAAGCAGAAGUUUAUAGUCAAGUUGCCAAGUUAUUUGAAAAUCAAGAAGAUUUGUUGGCUGAGUUUGGGCAAUUUUUGCCGGAUGCUACUAAUCAACAGAGUUCGUUGAGUAACAAGACUGCUACAGUUAAUGAUCACACAACAAUUGUCAAGAAACCAUUGGGACCUAAAGCACCUUAUAAUAAUUCGGGAAAUAUUUCGAGAGAUCUUCGAGAAUCGAGCGGUACUAGUACAAUAGAACGUGAAAAUCGCGAUCAUAGAGAUCGUGACCGAGAGCGAGAUAGAUCUGGUAUACGAGAUAUUAAUAGCGUACAAAAAUUUGGCCAUAAUACGGGACAGUUGAAAAGAAGCCCGUCGUUUUCGCCUUCGGUAACAGCCGGAAACUCUCACCAUAUACAGCAUGGUCCACCUCUGAAAAAGCCUAAAGUAUCGUCUAUGCGUGAAUGUGUUACCAUAGCCGAAGCUGGAAAAUAUGGCAGUCUCAAUGAUUAUGCUUUCUUCGAUAAGGUUCGUAAAGCAUUGAGAUCGCAAGAAGUAUACGAAAAUUUCCUUAGAUGUUUGGUUUUGUUUAAUCAAGAGAUAGUUUCUAAAUCUGAGUUGGUGCAGUUAGUAACGCCAUUUCUUGGUCGUUUUCCUGAACUAUUGCGGUGGUUUAAAGAUUUCCUGGGCCACUUACCCGAGUCUUCUAGUACCAACACAACAAAUGCAAGUGGCAAUUUAAAUGUUGAAGCGCUACCAAAUAAUGUUGUACGAAGUCAUCAAGAGAGACCGCAAGGUGAUCUGGCGAUGGAAAUUGACUACACGGCAUGCAAGCGUCUAGGGGCAUCAUACUGUGCGUUACCAAAGUCUUACGUUCAACCAAAGUGUACAGGAAGAACGCAACUGUGUAAAGAAGUUCUUAACGAUACAUGGGUUUCAUUCCCGACUUGGUCAGAAGAUAGUACAUUCGUAACAUCCAGGAAAACUCAGUACGAGGAAUUCAUUUAUCGUUGCGAGGAUGAACGAUUUGAGUUGGAUGGCGUAAUAGAAACUAAUGCGUCGACGAUCAGAGUUCUCGAGGGUGUCCAUAAGAAAAUGAGUAGAAUGAGCCAAGAAGAACUUCAGAAAUUCAAGCUCGACGAUUGUCUCGGUGGUUGUUCGCCUACAAUUCAUCAGAGAGCCUUGAAGAGGAUAUACGGCGAUAAGGCGGCUGACAUUAUAGAUGGUCUUAAGAAAAAUCCUGUAGUAGCAGUACCAGUAGUUCUUCGUCGAUUAAAGAGUAAGGAAGAAGAGUGGCGGGAAGCGCAAAAAGGUUUCAAUAAACUCUGGAGAGAACAAAACGAAAAGUACUACUUGAAGUCUCUGGAUCAUCAAGGUAUCAAUUUCAAGCAGAACGAUGUUAAGGCCCUAAGGUCCAAGAGCCUAUUUAAUGAAAUUGAAACGUUAUACGAUGAGAGACACGAGCAGGUAGACGAUGGUAGCGGGGAUGGUCAAAAUAAUAGCGGCCCACACCUUGUAUUACCUUACAAAGAUAAGUCUGUCCUAGAUGAUGCAGCUAAUCUUCUUAUCCAUCAUGUAAAGCGUCAAACGGCCAUCCACAAGGAAGACAAGCAACGAAUAAAGCUUUUGUUGAAGCAUUUUAUACCUGAUCUUUUCUUCCAUCCACGCCAGGAACUGAGUGACGACGAAAGGGAUGAAGACGAUGAGAAGGAAGAUCUCAAUGUAGCAGCGUGUAGUAAUUCUCAGUCAGUAACGAUGAAUACCUCUCCGUUGGGUGGUGGUGGCCUCCAAGCAAAUAGGAAUAAGGCGCCGGUAUCUCCGAUUCCGUCUUCCACGUCUAUUAAAACCGAACCUGAUAUCAAAGUACCAAUCCAUGCGAUGUCGGAUGACCCUGAAGAAGCGUACACGCUCUUCAUGGGCAGCAACAAUUGGUACCUUUUUUUAAGGUUACAUCAUAUAUUAUGUGAAAGAUUAACAAAAAUGUACGACCGGGCUGUGGCUCUUGCUGAAGAGGAAUCACGGUACAAACAGCAGCGUAAAGAGAGCACAGCUGUCGCACUACGGUUAAAACCUAAAAAUGAAAUUGAAAUUGAAGAUUACUAUCCUGCAUUUUUGGAUAUGGUUAAGAAUGUUCUAGACGGUAAUAUGGAAAGUACCGCAUACGAGGAUACCUUACGAGAAAUGUUCGGUAUUCACGCAUAUAUCGCUUUUACGUUAGAUAAGGUUGUAACAUACGCUGUGAGACAAUUGCAGCAUUUGGUCUCAGAUCUUAUAUGCCAGCAGUGUAUGGAAUUAUUCCAGCGAGAGCAACGGCAACCGAAAGAAAGUAGUGGCGCAGGUGGUUUAUGUGCUACAGCGUACAUGAGACUCGGUGCAGAAAUGUCGUAUCAGCGUAAAGCUGAAAAGGCUAUGGCGGACGAAAAUUGUUUUAAAGUAUACAUUUAUAAGAAAGACUGUAAAAUGACAAUGGAAUUGUUGGAUACGGAAGGUGAUGAAGCGAUGGACAACAGUUGUAGGGAAAGAGAAAGGGAAGGAGUUACGGUAUCUGAAAAGUGGUCUACAUAUGUUGAGAGGUUUUCUGCUCCAGCUGGUCAGACUAGCCCGAAAGACACCCCUACCUUAACAGACAAUGAGCCAACAACCAAUCAUCCUGUGAGUAACGACCAGGCUGCAAGGGGGGGGAGGGGCAGAAAGCGCAAGAACACUGACAUUAGCAAGAAGAUGGAUGGAAAUGGUUGGAGUUCUUUAGGCAGAAUCUUGGCAGGACGUAAGCCUGUAUUUCUUUACCGUAAUAUUAGACAGUGGAGGAAAAAAGCUGCAAGAAUGAUGUCAGCAUCAGUGUCUAACACCAAUCAACCAGAUAAAGCAGCAGGAUCAACUGACAAAGAAAAAUCACUGGAUUCUGUAGAUGCGCUCCUAAAGCGACCUCCUGGUUUAAGAUUAGCAGAUUCUGGGGAUACAUCUGACAUUAUCAAUUCCGAUGAAACCCAGUGUAGAUUUAAUCCCAAUAGUUACCAAAUGCUUUAUAUUGCUAGUAAGGAAGCAUUCCUGUAUAAACAAAAUUCUUUCAGUCGUGCCAGAGAGUGUCAUCCAGCUGUUACAAAACACUUGAAUUCAAAGUUUCAUCAAUGGCUGGCGGCUUGGGUAUCCAAGAAUGUCGCAGAUGUUCAACACCGAUUAUGUCAGGAUUGGUUGAUGGGACGUUAUGAAAACUUAAUUCCUCAUAAAACACGAGUGAUCACGGACAAUGAUCAAACGAGAACGCCUUAUCGACAAUACAAUCGUUAUCGAGUGGAACGCUUGCAACCCGAUCCUCUGACGGAACCAAGUGUAUAAUCACAUGUCUCUUAUCAUUUCUUUACUAUUCUCUGACAGCAUAUUGAUAAUACUGAGAACUCGUUUCGAUAAUCUCACAUUCAUAUUUUCUGUUACAAAAAGAAAUUAAUACUUAAGAGAGGGUUACAUCGAAGGCAAAAUCGAGACUGAUUCUUGAACUAUAUUGCGCGUAUGUACAACGAGAGAACGUCUUAUUUUGCCAACGAAGUUUAUCGCGAACGAAGAAGGUGUAGAAGUGGUCGUUAAGGAAAGAAAGUAUUGAAGAUUACAAAUGAAUCUAAAUGAGUCUAUACAUUGUGUACUAAACUUAUUGCAUACAAUUUUUAACUAGAUUUGAUUUUUCAACUGUACAGGUAUGGAAAAUUUGAUGCAAAUUGAAAUAUCGCUGACUUGUUGAAGUUGUUGUUUGUCUAAGGGUUUAGCGUUGAGCAUUUCUUCAACAUAAAGUACUAAAUUAACUAUUGAAUCAAAUGUUAAGAAAGAGGAUCCGUUAUAAUGGGCGAUAUUUCUAAUUGUAUUAAAGUUAAGCUUGUGAUCAGGUAAUAUAAGAUAUUUAAACGUAUUGUUUCAUUUCUGAAAAUCGAGUACUUUUCGAUAAAACUAGAUAUAGAUUUUCCAGGUAAGGUUUUACAUAAGAGAGUAAAAUAAUGGUAAAACUUUUGAUACUUUAUGUAAUAUCUUAAAUAUUUAGGAAGACUAUGAUAAUAUAAUUGUUGUUUAUAAGCAUAUUGCAGAUUCAGCCAAUUUUAUUUUAUUAAGUAUUUUAUUUUUAUAGACUUACACAAUUGUCAUUGAAACAUUGAAUAUUGUUAGUGAUUAAAAGAAGCUAUUAAAAUUUCGAUUCGUAGUAUGUUAUAUUAUUUAAUUCACGACUGUCUAUUUAUAACUGGAACGUAACGAAAGAUUGGGUUAUAAGAAAGCUGUAUACUUUUUUUUGAAUAAUAACUUUAUAUACAUGUAUGUAAAAUAUCUUUCAUUCGAAGUUUUUAAUAAUUUGCUUCUCUUAUUUUUCUUACAAAUGUCGCGAUCGAAGUUUCCGUUCUCUUGAAUUCGGUAUACAUAAAACUGAACGUAUAAAUACAUGCUUGUACAGGUGUAUGUGCAUGUAUGUAUGGAUAUGCGAUAAUUGAAAGUGCAUAUAUAUGUACAUACAUGCAUAUGUAUGUAUAUAUAUGUAUAUAUACAUAUGAAACGAAAAAAUACUAGGCCUUAUUUUUUACCUGAUCUUUAGGCUAUUCGAUAGAAAAUGUACAAUAUUAAGGUAUGGCGGUGUUCCUGUACAGUGCAAAGCUGUUGACAACAUUAGAAUACGGCGUUUAUUGAAAGACGUUGAGAAGUAUUGACUCACCACGCACGAGAUACAUAUAUGGCUAUAGAUAUUAUUUUACGUUAUUCUUAAGUAUGUAUUUUUUUUAUCAAUUCUUUUACUUGUAUAUUGAUAUACGAGACACACACGUAUUGAGUUUCUUAAAAAUCUAUAAAUCAUCUUUUAUAUUGUCGAUAUCAAUCACGAUGUUAAAUUUUCAAUGUUCUAAACUUUCAUCAGAAAUGGAUAAAGGAUAAUACGAAAUUGAAUGAAGAAAAUCGUGCGCGGUGAAAGAAAAGAAGUACAUAAUAUCUUUGCAAGAUUUAGACUGUUUAUAAUAAUUGAAAAAGGCGAAUUGAUUUCGUUCCAAUCAUUCAAACAAAAAAUGACGUUUAAAAUAUAAUGACAGAUAAUAAUGUAUGCAUAAAUUUUGGAUUGAAUACAUUUUUAUCGUAAUUAUACAGAUUUAGUUGAAAUCUUAGCAUCUCUGUUUUUGUGGAUAAUUUUGGAAAAAUACCAUUUUACAUACAUUUACACAACCAAGUAUAUAAACACAGACGCACUGUGCUGUUCGGCGGUUAUGCGUAUAUUGCAGUUAUAUAGUAAACUGUGUAUCUUAUGAAAGAUGAACAAAGAAAAGAGAGACCCGGUCUUCCGAUGCUCGACUACUCGUGACUAUUGAUGAUGAAUGAUGAUAGUGUAUUUUAUCAAGAAAUUGCUAAUUUUAAAAAUGUAUGUCCAUGUAUCAAAAGUGAAUGUACAGGCAAUUUUAUUACUCGAGAUAAUAAUUUAAUGUUGAUAUAUUUUGCACAAAUCAUUAUUAAUAUUAAUAAAUCAUUAAUAUUA